GCUUUUCAGUCCUAACUCUAACCUUUUCUUCGCCUUCCGCGGUCAAGCAUUGGAGAAUGAGCUCUGAUUGGGCACUGCCUCUCCGAAAGGUGCCCGUCAGCACGUCGACGGACACGUCCGUGGCGUGGAACACGGUGCACCUCUGCUACGAGCAGUCGUUCUUUGGGCAAAUCACCAGCCUUUGCUACAAUCAUUCCGGUUCGCUACUCGGUGGCACCUCCACUAACCAGUUUGCUCUCCUGCGCGUCCCGCAGACCGAGGGCGUUGUCGUGAAUGAGCAGACAGAGCGCAAGAACUACUCGCUGCGGUUUCGCGAGGACGACAAGCUGUACGUCCAGGCUGUAGAUCAGCGCGUCCUCAUCAAGUCCGCCGAAACAGCGUUUGAGCGUCAGUUCCUUGGCCACUCGCGCGAUGUGCGCUCCGCAGCUUUCCUUGGAAAGCACAACUUUGUCUCUGCUAGCGAUGACACAACGAUCAAGCUUUGGGACCUUAUGAGCGACGACGACCUCGGCACCGCUCGAGCACACACAGAUUACGUUCGCACGCUGGAGCCGUACACGGGCGGGUCGUUUCUCAGCGGGUCGUACGACCACGUAGUGAAUUUGUGGGAUCCGCGGACGGGGUUGGACACGCCGCUGCAGACGUCCGGAAACGUCAUCUCACAAGCCGUGGAGGCCGUGUGUUACGUUCCCGAUGCGGAAAUCGUUGCCGUAGGCGCGGGUGAUCGGGUGCUGCUGUUUGAUCCGAGAAAAGGCCUCACCAUCCCGCUCUUCGACGGCUCCUUCCACACAAAGUCGGUCGUUGCCUUGGCGUACUCGCGAAAGUUCCGCAGCCUUCUCACCGGGUCGUUAGAUUGCCGCGUGAAGAUGUUCGCGCUCGACGGGAGCGAGAUGCGCUGCAUCUCGAGCAGGCGCUUCGAAAACCCCGUAGCGGCCCUGGCGGUGCAUCCUGAGUCCGCGGAGUAUGCCGUCGGCAGCGCCACUGGCGAACUGAAUGUCUACCGCUUCAAGACGACGGAGAAGACGGUGGAGGGGGAAGAGGAUCAAAUGCCUGCUGAGUUCUCCCUGGAGAAGACAAAGCCCAAGUCCAAGGAGAAGGUUCUGCAGGACAAGAUGAUCGAGGUGCAAUUCCAGCUCCGCAGCUACCAGUACAGCAAGGCACUCAAAACGGCACUGUAUUCACGCCACCCUGACGUGCUUGUUUCUACGUUUGAUGAGUUGGUUCGACGCGGUGCGCUUCAUGUUGCACUCAACAACCAGAAUGAUCGCACUAUCGUGCGCGUUCUCCGCUUUGCAACGGAGUACGUGGACAAGCCUCAGUUUACCGACACAAUGCUCGUCGUUUUCGAGACGAUUUUCGAGAUUUACAGCGCGUACGUAGGCCAGAGUCUCUUUUUUCAUCGUGAGAUUCUCAUCGCACAGAAGAAGAUUGGCGCAUCGCUCGCGGUGAUGCAGCGUAUGGAGAAGACUAUGGGAAUCAUGGACCUGAUCGUGAACUCAGAUUGA